AUGACCCGGUCAAGAGUCUCGCCUGAUGGAAGAAUUCCUUCUCGUGAUGUUGCCGCAAAGCUUGUUAUUGUCAUGGUUGGCUUGCCGGCCCGAGGAAAGUCUUACAUCACCAAGAAGCUUCAAAGGUAUCUUUCUUGGCAGCAGCAUGAUUCUCGCAUCUUCAAUGUCGGAAACCGAAGACGUGUAGCUGCCGGGCGCAGAGUUUCUGUCCACCCAAAGUUGCAGCCUGAGCCGGAACACAUGGAUCCUCCUGUGCAUGCGGCCUCCAUUUUGCUAAAUGGUAACCCGGCACCGUUUGGUCCCGAGCAGGCUGAGCCGGAGAAGCUUGAUUUGAACGAUGCCGCUCAAUCCGAGGUGGAUCAGUCCGCUACAUUCUUUGAUCCCAAGAACCAAACUGCCGCGGCCAUGCGUGAGCAGUGUGCUAUGGAUACUUUGGACGAGCUGCUGGACUACCUUCUCGAUGGAGGUGGCGCUGUCGGCAUUCUUGAUGCUACGAACAGCACUAUCGAGCGAAGAAAGAACAUCACCAACCGCAUCAAGCAGAGGGAGCCUAAGCUGGGUAUUCUUUUCAUUGAGAGUAUCUGUCAAGACCCUACUCUCCUCGAGGCGAAUAUGCGCCUGAAACUGUCUGGUCCUGACUAUCGUGACAAGGAUCCUCAAAAAUCACUGGAAGAUUUCAAGAAGCGAGUCGCUGCAUACGAGAGUGCGUAUGUUCCUCUUGGUGAAUAUGAGGAAAAGCACGACUUGCAAUACAUUCAGAUGAUUGAUGUUGGUCGAAAAUUGAUCCAACACCGUCUCAAGGGUUUCCUCAGCAGUGGUAUUAGCACUUACCUCGCUAGCUUCAAUCUUGCCCCUCGACAGAUCUGGAUUACCCGACAUGGCCAGAGUGUCGAUAACGAGCUUGGAAGAUUGGGUGGAAACUCACCACUUACCGAACGCGGCCAUUGCUACGGCCAAGCUCUUCACAACUUCAUCACUUACCAGCGCAAGCACUGGCUUAUUGAACAGAAGAGCAAGAAAGCUCAGGCUACUUUCCCUCCCGUACCCGGUGAUAACACACCUCCCUACCCUGAGAUGUACCGGGAGAUCGAGGACAAGAACUUUUGUGUCUGGACUUCGAUGCUCGAUCGCAGCGUGGACACAGCUGAGUAUUUCGAGGCCGACGAUGAUUACGAUGUGAAAAACUGGGAAAUGCUCAAUGAAAUGAACUCGGGCCAGUUCGAAGGUAUGACAUACGCCGAAAUCGCACAGAAGGAGCCCGAGGAAUUCGCCAAGCGGGCACAGGACAAGCUCAACUACAUCUAUCCUGGAGUUGGCGGUGAAGGUUAUCUGCAGGUUGUGAGCCGUCUGCGCGACAUGGUUCGAGAGGUUGAGCGUAUUGAAGACCACCUUCUUAUCAUUGGACAUCGCUCUGUGUGUAGAGUCCUGAUGGCCUAUUUCAUGGACCUGUCCCUGGCGGACAUCACAGACAUGGACAUUCCCCUUGGCAUGCUCUACUCUAUUGAGCCCAAGCCUUACGGCCUUGACUUCCAUGCUUACCGGUACAACGAGGACCAGGGCUGGUUUGACGAGCUCCCCAACUACAAGCCUACCAAGACGGCCCGCAACAGCAUCAUCAAGCCACAGCAUUAA